UAGAGAAAGAGCAGUCUAGGAGGCGGAGGGUUACGUCCGGCUGUGUGAGCCGGUCUUGCCGGAUCUUUAUCCACAAGCAGACUGACUGUGUGUGGCUGGUUCUCAUUGUGAUUGAACAGCAUUGGGAACUACAGGGCUUCCCUCACUUCUACUGUGUACCCUGCUCUCUUCCUCCUCCAUCCAUUCCCCACUCUGUGCUUCCUUCCUUCCACUGGAUGCAAUAAGUCUGCAAACUUUGCUCCCUGCACACAAAGGCCAAGCUCCAGGUUCAUUCUUGUGCUGAUAAAAUAAUAAAAAAAAAAAGAACCAUCUUCCAGCGAAUGAAGUGUUGAAAAGGGACAAAAAAUGCCAUCGGUGAUGGAGAAAUCUGGCUCCAAUGCAAUUAUUUCCAACAAGAGGGUCAAAUCGGACAGUGUGGGCAGCAAUUCAGAGGAAGAGAGCAGCGAGGACGAAGCUCCCAGGGACAGUAUGAUCCGAGUGGGUUCUGAUUACCAGGCUCAGAUUCCAGACUAUAAACCAGAAAACUUCUCUGGUAUUAGUAAUGCGGAAAUGAAGGGGAUGCUGGUUUGGUCACCAAAUCAUUUUGUGUCAGAUGCAAAGUUGGAUGAAUACAUCUCCAUGGCAAAGGAGAAGCAUGGAUACAAUGUUGAACAGGCCCUAGGGAUGUUACUAUGGCACAAACACGAUGUGGAGCGCUCACUUGCGGACCUGGCUAAUUUCACACCAUUUCCUGAUGAGUGGAGCGUAGAAGACAAAGUCCUGUUUGAGCAGGCAUUCAGCUUUCAUGGGAAAUGCUUCCAGCGCAUUCAUCAAAUGCUUCCUGAGAAGGUAAUACCCAGCCUGGUGAAAUAUUAUUACUCUUGGAAGAAAACUCGGAGCAAAACCAGUGUGAUGGACCGACAGGCCCGCCGCCUGCAGACCAAAAGGGAAGAGGGCACUCCUGCCCUCAGGAAUGAAGAUGGUGAAGAACCACACAAAAUAAGUGAUGCUGAGCAAGAAUCUCCUGACACAAAGAAAGAGGUGUUGGACCCCCAGAAGCAAGGAGUGCUAGCUUCAGCUGGGAAGCCCGGCCCAGUCAGGAAGGAUCCUUUGGUUUCUCAGUACAGACACCACCCAUUGCGCUCACGGCGACGGCCUCCUAAAGGCAUGUUCCUCAGCAAGAGUGACAUUGCUUCUAUUUGUGCCAGCUCAGAGAUGCCAACACUCGCUCUGUGUCAACUGGAUACCCAACUAAUUUCACUGAAACGGCAGGUACAAAACAUUAAACAGACGAAUAGUAGUUUGAAGCAAAGCCUUGAUGGAGGGAUUAAUGAGAUGAGACCCCCAGAGCUUAAUAUUAAGAUGAAUGCUCGCUGGACCACAGAUGAACAGCUUUUGGCCGUGCAAGCUGUGAGGAAAUACGGAAAGGAUUUCCAGGCCAUUGCUGAAGUUCUGGGUAACAAAACUCCAUCCCAGGUGAAGACUUUCUUCAUUAGUUACCGGAGGCGCUUUAACCUGGAAGAGGUGUUACAGGAGUGGGAGGCAGAGCAGGACCCGACUCCAUCAACUGCAUCCACCGAGCCGGCCAGUAAGUCCUCUGGCUCCUCUCAGACAAGCAACGAUGAAGAGGAUGAGGUGCAGAUUACAUCUGUCUCCUCUUCUUGUCAGACAGCUCCACCAGCUGCCACUCUCUCCCUUCCUCCUCCUCUUUUACGCCCAGCUUUGCCCUCCGCUCCUACACUACACCGUCAGCCCCCUCCACUUCAGCCAGGACGCCUACUUCAACCACGACCACCACCUCUUGUUCGCCCCGCCCCACGCCAGAGCCCCCGUGCCCCCCCGGCUUUAGUGGGAAACCACGCAGAGCCUGCUUUCUCUUGAGGACCUGUUUCAGCUCACCCCAUUAGGCUAGUUGGGGAGUGGGUGGGGUAUUUAUGGCAUGGCUGCAUUGAAAACUGUAAUAUUUAAUAAUUGUCUCUGUGGAACAAAGCAGAUAGUCUCCAAGAAGAUAAAGUAUUAUGGAGCAGUGUGCAUACGGGUAAUGCAGAGAAAAUCUGAUGGGUGGGCAGAUUGCUCUCAUUAGGUCACCUCACGUGUGGGUUUAGCGAAUACAGGGGAUGGUGCGUGUAACAGGCAGGGAGUAUUUUCCACGGUUGAAAUGAGAGUAUUAAUUUACGCGAGUAUUCACUCGUGAUUCAAUAGUCCUCUGACAAACAUUGCUCCAUCCAUGAAAUCAGAAAUGCAAGUCUUCAAAAGCUCACCCAGUGGAAUGAAGAGACAUUUUACCGAUUAUCCAAAUACACCGGAUACAAAAGAGGAUGGCAGUAGAUUGCUACCUUCCAAUUAGACUGAAGUAUCUGAACGGCUGUUUGCUUUCACCCUAAUCGGCCUGUACUUUAAAAUUGCUGCCAUUGCUCAUCAUGGAUUUAGAAAGUAGAAUUGUGUGUGUGUGUGUGUUUUUUUUUUUUUUUUUUUUGGAAAGGGCAAUGAGCAGGAAGAGAUAUUGUAUGGGGAGGGCGGGAAGGGAGGGCGUGGACGUACUGUGCUAAAGACACUCUUGGGACCAAUGCUGCCAUAUCUUUUUAAAGACUUGGGAUGUUACAACAUGGCCUCUGUCAUCUUCCCUGUAAAACAUGGCAUUACUUUGAAUUGCACAUCAACCCUUAAUGUCAAGGGCGCGAGAUUUUGGAGCAAAGGGGAUGUUUCUGAACAUUAACUUUAAGGUUGAUAACAUUAGAUUGUUGGUACAUGGCUAUGGGUAUUGCCCAAUGGUUGAACACUCCAAUAAUGUAGUAGUGACUUUUUAAC